AUGUCCAAGUCAAUUGCGAUAAUUGCGGGGGCAGGCCCUGGAACAGGCAGUGCCGUCGCGCGGCGUUUUGCCCAAUUUUAUCCCGUGGUUCUACUUGCUCGGUCGCAAGUAUCGCUAGACCCCUUGGUAACCGACAUCACAAACAACGGUGGCUCGGCGCUUGGGAUUCCCACCGACGUGACAAGUGCCUCCAGCAUGAGUUCGACAAUUGACCAAAUCAAGAGUAAAUUUGGCUCGGAUCUCACGAUCGCGGCAGCGAUCUAUAACGUUGCCAGCAAAUUCGUGAUGAAGCCUUUCCUCGACCAAGCCCCAGAGGAAUUUUUCGCAAGCUUGGAGCCAUCUAACAGGGGCGCAUUUAACUUUGCGCAAGCUACACUGCCCUUGAUGUUGAAUGGCGACAAAGGGAAAUACCCCCCCACACUUAUUUUCACCGAGGGGGAUGGUGAACUAAUGGUAGAAGGCGCUACGGCUUCGCUUAAGGGAGGCUCUGGACUUUCGUCGUUCGCUAUGAGCAAGUUUGGAACUCGUGCUUUGUCACAGUCCCUGGCCCGUGAGUUCGGGCCCAAAGGUGUGCAUGUCUCCCAUGCCAUUAUUGAUGGAAUCAUCGAUACGGAGAAGACCAAAGGAUAUGGUCAGGAUAUUCCGGAUGCUAAAAUUGAUCCGCAGGGAAUUGCGGAUUCAUACUGGUUUUUGCACACGCAGCCCAAGAGCGCUUUUACCCAGGAAAUUGACCUGAGACCAUAUGUGGAGAAAUGGUGA